AUGCGCCCUUCGCCCUGCUUCCUCGAACGUAUACGCCCACACACCGUUCCUAGCCAGUAUGAUGUCGUCAAACCCAGAAAGGUGUUUCAGAAGAACCUCCCGCCGGCAGCUCAGUUAUCUAUUCGGGCAGCCUACUACCGUGGAGGAACGUCGAGAGCAGUGAUCAUCCAACCACGGGACCUCCCGAAGAAUCGUGCCAAAUGGCCUUUUGUGUUCCGUCAGAUUAUGGGCAGUGGCGAUCCAUACGGACGCCAAGUUGAUGGUAUGGGCGCUGGCAUAUCGAGCCUCAGCAAGAUCUGCCUCGUCGAACCAUUCGUCGAUGCGCCAACGACCAGCAAAGCGGAGAGCCUGUCGCUGCAAGCAAAUCACCAUGUCAGCAAGGAGCAAGAGGCCGACGUCGACUACACGUUUGUUGGACUCGGGAUAGAGACUGAUGAAGUCGAUGUAGCUGGCAAUUGUGGCAACAUGAGCAGCGCAAUUGGCCCCUAUGCGUACAAUGCACGUCUCCUGCCUGCUAGGUUCUAUGUACGGUCAGAUGGUGAGGUCAAGGUGAAGAUUCGGAACACCAAUACAGGGAAAAUGAUCGACGCCAUAUUUGAGACUUUUGGUGGUCAGGCUGCUGUUAUCGGCAACUAUUCCAUCGACGGCGUGACUGGGUCCGGUCCAAAGGUCAAAUUGGACUUUAGACAUCCAUAUGGUAGCAAGACGGGAAAGGUUCUGCCUACAGGCCAUAAAGUGGACAAUAUCGCAGGAUACAAGGUUUCAUGUGUCGACGGCGCGAAUCCAGCUUGCUUCAUCCGCGCCAGUGACAUUGGUGUAAGCGGUACUAUUCUCCCAAACGACUUCAACAAGCUUCCAGAGAAGCUUAAACUUCUCGAAACUAUUCGUAAAGCUGCCGCCGUGGCAAUGGGCAUCGCGCCAGAUGAAGGCUCUGUGCCUCGUACAGUACCCAAGAUUGGCUUAGUAUCACAGUCAUCUGCGCAUGCGGUCUUGUCAGGUCAGACCCUCAGAGCUUCACAAAUGGACAUCGUUAUUCGCUUCAUAUCGGAUACACAGCCACAUCGCGCUAUUCCGCUGACGGCUGCUUUGACCACGGCUGUUGCAGCUCGCAUCCCGGGUACUAUUGUCGAGCAGAUGCUGGCGCCGGAUCCAGUAACAGAAGAGGCUAUCACAAUUGGACAUGCCAGCGGAAGGAUACAGGUCAACGCCACAAUGGACAAACAGAACAGGAUCAUGCCUGUCACUGCCACAGUCUACAGAACUGCGAGGAGGCUGUUCGAGGGUAAAACAUUUUGGACAGACCAAGGAACGUCGGAUGAAACUGGUCUCAGCUAUGGCACUGGAGCGGGACACUCACUUGGCCUGCGAUUUGUUUUGGAGAGUCGAGGACAAGAUUCCUCUCAUCUUGGUACGGCUCAAGAGAAAGAGAAGCCAAAAGAUAUGAGUCAGCAGCCUACGUCGUUAGGAGAGACAAGCGUUGAUGAGCCCCACACGAUGUCAAACUCUGCAACACUGUCCGAAGAGGAAGUAGCAUCACCAUCCCAUCCAGAAAGAUCACUUACAGCAGCCUUGAAACAGCUCGACGAUAGUAUCGAAGCCCUGUUGUACGAUCGCACCAUUUCAACCCGUUCGUUUCCCCCUCAACUCCUGUGGACCAUCACCAAAGCUAGCACGAAGAUUGUUGAACACACCCGGUCGAAACUGCGCAAAGAUGUUCCCGACUUACCUAUCACGAAUGCGCUACAGCAACUCCGAAAAAGCGUCAGGGAGCUCUUGUCUGAUCGUCGUCUUGCGACGCGUGAGUUUCCUGCAGAUCUGCUGAAGACUGUGCGCAGGGCUGAUGCCAAAAUUGACGACAUGGUCAAAGAUAUAGAUUUGGUUGGGAAGAAGAAAGGAGAUGGCGACGAUCGAUGGAGCUAUAUGGCUAGACAGAUUGCAGGUCGUAGGGAGAGGCUGUUGAAGAAAGGGGUUAAACGGGUUCUUCUAGGCAAACGUGACUUGUAG